UUUCCUUCAAAGUUAAGAGCUCUUCUUCCUUCCAGAUUUCAGGCUACAAGGAAUUGGAAAAGGUUGAACUUGAACGUGCCAAUCACAGUUGCAAACCUUUUACUGUGAAGGAAUUUCGGGGAACUGCGAAGAGAAGCGAUAUAGGUCUUGGGGAGACAGGAGAGAUGAGAUGCUGAUACAUUUAGUUCAGGGUAGGGUGCCCAUGGAUGUCGGGUAAAAACUUCGCCCAUGGAAAAUGUUUCGCUUAGUAAUUCGAAUAUUUGCUAUUUCACACGGUUGUACUGGAGUAGCAGCAAGAGCCUGUGGCCUGGUGGGUCUAGAACCUACAAGGGUCGCAGAAAUCCUCAAAGAUCGGCCUUCGUGGUUUUGCGAUUGCCAAGCUGUGGAUGUUGUGAACGUGCUGCCCACUCCAAAUGGUGGAACCAUGGAGCUUCUAUACAUGCAGCUGUAUGUCCCAACAACAUUGGCUCCUGCUCGUGAUUUCUGGUUGCUGCGCUAUACUUCUGUGCUAGAGGAUGGUAGUCUUGUGCUCUGCGAGAGGUCGCUUAGCAGCACACAGGGAUGUCCAAGCAUGCCACCAGUGCAGCAUUUUGUAAGAGCAGAAAUACUGCCAAGUGGGUACCUCAUAAGGCCCUGUGAUGGGGAUGGAUCAAUAAUACACAUUGGUGAUCAUAUGGAUUUGGAGGCUUUACACCAGCUAAAGCAGAUUCCCUUGGAGGUUUCUCAAUCAACUGUCACUGGUUGGGGUAGGGGGCCUGCAGCUCUUCGUGCACUUACUCAGAGGCUUAGCAGAGGUUCUAAUGAAGCUCUCAACGGCUUUACCGAUGAGGGAUGGUCAAUAAUAGGAAGUGACGGGAUAGAUGAUGUCACCAUCCUCAUCAAUUCAUCUCCUGGAAAAAUGAUGGGGGCAAAUAACUCUUUCAUCAAUGGGUUUUCAGCUAUCGGCGGCACAAAUAUGGGCGAAAAAUGCUAAAGAAAACCCAAAUCCCAGUUGGCUAACGAGAGAAGCCAUAAAUUUUAAACUCUAUGCACUUCACUCUCUCAGGUCUCAUCAGCCAUCACCCUCUCCAUCGCUGCUUCUUCUCCCCUUUCAAAGCUAUUCAGGGUGCCUAUUUUUGCUUUCGACCUGCACACAUGACGAAUACUGGGGUUGUAGACAAUGCAUUUCGUCCUUUAGAUCUAGGCAAUUUUCCUCCCUGGCAUCACUGUUAGGGUUGCUGGUGGGGAGACACGUCAUAUCAACAUCCCACAUCUGAUGGGUAACCAUGUGAUUGGUCUUCCCCUCGGUUUGGAUGUACCUGAGGUAAUAGCUGGCCAUUUUGAAGUGUUGCUACGUAUGGUGCAGGGUAUGAGAGAUGUCAUUACUGGCGUAGUUCGAGAUUUAGCUCAAUGCCAGCAGGAUGCAGCUCGCUUUUGCCAGGAUGCGAACUGUUACUAUUGGGACUAUGUCCCAAGUUGUAUACAACUUUGGUAGAAGUUUUGGUUGUUUUUGUAGAAUUUUUGCCUCGUGCGGUAUUUAACAUUGAGAUAUUUUGAAGCUUCAGUUCUGCUCCAGAAGUUUCUGUUAACUACAAAUUGUGGGCUUUAAAGGCAGGAAGUUGUUUCAAUUUCCCAUCCAGUUCAACUUGAA